UAAAAUACGGUAUAUUAAAAUUUACCCAUUUCGUCACAAUCGUUAAACUCAUUUUAAUAAUUAAAAAAAUCCUUUCCCUUAAUUUUUUAGACAUGCAGUUUUCCCUCGUGCAAAACAUUUAGGGAUGGUGUCAAUUCCCCCACUUUGUUGUUUUACUUCUGAAGAGAGUCAUUAUUCAAUAAAAAGUGCUGCAGCAGUUUUAGGUAUUGGGGCAGACAAUUGUUUUAAUAUUCCAACGGAUGCCUCAGGCAGAAUGCUUCCUAGGGCGUUGGAAGAACAAAUAAUUAAAAGUAAAGAAGAGGGUCUCUAUCCUUUCUUUGUUUGUGCAACAGCAGGAACAACAGUUUAUGGUGCUUGGGAUCCAAUAGAAGAGAUUUCUGAAAUUUGUGAAAGACACAAUCUUUGGUUACAUGUUGAUGCAGCUUGGGGUGGUGGAAUUUUGUUAAGUCCAGAAUACCGACACAAAUUGGCGGGAAUUGAACGUGCAAAGUCUGUUACUUGGAAUCCACACAAAUUAAUGGGGUCUUUACUUCAAUGUUCUGCUUGUUUUGUAAGACAAGAGGGUUUACUCUUCCAAGUCAACCAAAUGUCUGCGGAUUACCUUUUCCAACAAGACAAACCCUAUGAUGUAAGUUAUGAUACUGGAGAUAAAGCAAUUCAAUGUGGUCGACAUAAUGAUAUAUUUAAGCUGUGGUUAAUGUGGCGUUCAAAAGGAAUGGAAGGCUAUCGUCGUCAAAUUAAUCGUCUUAUGGAUAUGGCCAAAUACUUUACUGAAAGAAUUAAGGCAACUGAAGGAUUUGAAAUGGUUGUAGAUGAACCAGAAUUUUUGAAUAUAUGUUUUUGGUAA